AUGGACCCUUUCGUCCCAAAGAUGCCCAAGCGCGAGGUCAUCCACAGGAAGGUCAUGGACACCAUCGCCAACAGGGUCACGACAUGGGACGAGCAUGCCACAAUAGUCAGCGGCCGCCCCCAGACUGGCAAGACCGCUGCGGUGGAGGAAGUCCUUCGUGGUGCGCGGGGAAUCUUCAAGCACACGGUGGAAAGCGAGAACUGGAAGAAAGAGCUUUACGAGAGCCUUCAGGUUGAUGGACCUGGUAUGUUUGAGACUGUCCUUGUCCGAGUGAAAGCAGAGUUGGUGAAGUUGACUGACCCCAUCACCAAGACACCAAUCAUACUGUUUGAAGUCCCACGCACCACAACCAAAGGUAUGGACACCAUUUCUUCGACAACGAAGGAUUUAUCCACGGAAGGGGGCAAAGCAGCGCACGUCAUCAUUUCUGCCUCAUCCGCUGUGGCUGCACUGGCGUUCGACGCCGGUGGUGCAAAUCGUCAGAAAGACAUUUGGAUAGAUGACCUGACGGCAGAGGAGGCGAAGAAGGUGCUCACCCUGCACGGGCAUGAAGAGAAUGCUCAAGACAUCAUCGAAGCCUGUGCUUCGGUCGCGCGUGUAGUCAGGUUGCUUUUUUGUGUUGAUGCUAUUUGGUUUUGCAAGGGCGCUCCCUGUCGUGUCAGGUGGCUCUCGCGUUGGCGACUUGACAGAAUCGUGCAAGGACAUGGUCGCUGGCAAGACGCUGCAGGAGUUGAAGCAGGAGACAGAAGCCACUGCGGAGAUGGAGGUGCGGGAUUUCCUCGACUUGGAGGUCGAGUUUGCUGGUGGCCGCAUAAUUCCCAUCGGCCGCAAUCUCCUGACCGUCCUGACCGAGCUGGCAAGCAGCAAGCAACGUGGAGGUGA